AGCCGCCGCCGCUUUACGUAAGGCGCAGGCCAGGGCUGCCCGGCACUCGGCAGCCGCUCGGAGCCCUCGGAGCGAGGAGGCGCCCCCGCCAGCCGCCGCGACGCCCGGCCGCUCGGCAGGUUCUGCUGGAGACUUACAUUUGGCCUCAAUGUGAAAUUAAAGUAGAAAAUCACAUCUACAUGUAUGUUGCUAUCAGGAUGUUGAUUCAUUGGUCAUGCCUGAAGAGGGAAAUUCAGUUCUAGAUGGCUGACUGCCAGCAAAAAUAAAUGCUUACCCUAGAUGUCAAGCAUCUCUCCUUUUUACUGGAGUGAAAAUCCCCUCCAGAUACCAACAGAACAUCACUGCAGAAAAUGCUCCGCAUUUUAAGGAUGUCAGCAACCUAAAUUCAUGCGCCCUAUCUGUACAGUUGUUGUGGAUGGUUUACCAUCUGAAAGCUCCUCAAGCUCUUAUCCAGGCCCUGUAUCUGUCUCUGAAAUGUCUCUGCUUCAUGCUUUGGGUCCAGUGCAGACCUGGCUGGGACAAGAGCUAGAGAAAUGUGGCAUUGAUGCCAUGAUUUAUACUCGAUACGUCCUCAGUCUUCUGCUGCAUGACAGCUAUGACUACGACCUGCAGGAACAGGAGAAUGACAUCUUCCUGGGCUGGGAAAAAGGAGCUUAUAAGAAAUGGGGAAAGAGUAAGAAAAAGUGCUCAGAUCUAACUCUAGAAGAAAUGAAAAAACAGGCUGCUGUCCAGUGUCUUCGAUCUGCUUCUGAUGAAAGCUCUGGUAUCGAGACUUUAGUGGAGGAGCUCUGCUCCAGGCUGAAGGACCUGCAGAGCCAGCAAGAAGAGAAGAUUCACAAAAAGUUAGAGGGGUCUCCCUCUCCAGAGGCAGAAUUAUCCCCUACAGCAAAGGAUCAAGUGGAAAUGUACUAUGAAGCGUUUCCACCACUUUCUGAGAAACCAGUUUGCCUGCAAGAAAUCCUGACUGUGUGGAACAAGUCUGCAGUCUGUUCUUACCCUAGCUCUUCUUCAUCGUCCACAGCCCCACCAGCUAGCACAGACACGUCCUCCCCGAAGGACUGCAACAGCGAAGGUGAGCUCAUCAAGGAGAGAAGCAGCGACAUGCCCACCACCGUGCACGAGAAAACCCAGAGCAAGAGUCAAAACGAGAAGGAGAACAAAUUUAGGAAUGGCACAGGUGAAGAGAAGCCUGCUUUGUACAAAAAGCAAAUCCGACAUAAGCCUGAAGGAAAGAUGCGCCCUCGCUCCUGGUCUUCCGGCUCCAGCGAAGGAGGCUCGAGCUCAAGUGGUAAUCAGGGAGAAUUAAAAGCAUCCAUGAAAUGUGUGAAAGUGAGACACAAGACACGAGAAAUCCGAAACAGAAAAGGGCGGAAUGGGCAGAGCAGGCUUUCACUGAAGCAUGGCGAAAAGGCGGAAAGAAGCAUGCAUGCCGGAAGCAGCAGCAGCAGCAGCAGUGGUUCCAUCAAACAGCUGUGCAAGCGGGGUAAAAGGCCGCUGAAGGAGAUGGGCAGGAAAGACGCCGGGAGCGCUGAAGGAAGAGACCUGCACCUGGAGAGCAGAACCGACAGAGAGUACAAAGAGGAGCCGUUGUGGUAUACCGAACCGAUUGCUGAGUAUUUUGUUCCUUUGAGCAGAAAAAGUAAACUAGAGACCACAUACCGAAACAGGCAAGAUACAAGCGAUCUGACCUCAGAAGCAGUAGAAGAAUUGUCUGAAUCAGUGCAUGGUCUUUGUAUCAGCAACAAUAAUAUUCAUAAAACAUACCUCGCAGCAGGUACUUUCAUUGAUGGUCAUUUUGUAGAAAUGCCUGCAGUUAUAAAUGAGGAUAUUGACCUCACUGGGACCUCAUUCUGUUCUCUGCCGGAGGACAACAAAUACUUGGAUGACAUUCAUCUAUCAGAAUUAACACACUUCUAUGAAGUGGAUAUUGACCAAUCCAUGUUGGAUCCUGGUGCCUCAGAAACAAUGCAAGGAGAAAGUCGGAUUUUGAAUAUGAUUCGACAAAAAAGCAAAGAGAAAACAGAUUUUGAGGCAGAAUGUUGCAUAGUGUUAGAUGGAAUGGAGUUGCAAGGGGAACGUGCAAUAUGGACAGAUUCUACCAGCUCUGUGGGCGCUGAGGGCUUAUUCCUGCAAGACCUUGGCAGUCUGGCUCAGUUCUGGGAGUGCUGUUCAUCCAGCUCUGGCGAUGCCGAUGGAGAGAGUUUUGGAGGAGAUUCUCCAAUUAGACUCUCCCCGACCUUAGACAGCACAGUGCUCAACCCGCAUUUGCUUGCUGGCAAUCAAGAGCUCUUCUCAGAUAUUAAUGAAGGAUCUGGUAUAAACUCUUGUUUUUCAGUGUUUGAAGUGCAAUGCAGUAAUUCUGUUUUACCAUUUUCUUUUGAAACACUCAACUUGGGAAAUGAAAAUACAGAUUCUAGUGCUAAUGUGCUUGGAAAAACACAGUCUAGAUUACUAAUAUGGACCAAAAAUAGUGCCUUUGAAGAAAAUGAACACUGUUCUAAUCUUUCAACGAGAACUUGUAGUCCAUGGUCCCAUUCAGAAGAAACACGUUCAGACAAUGAGACAUUAAACAUUCAGUUUGAAGAAUCCACACAGUUUAAUGCAGACGAUAUGAAUUAUGUAGUUCCUAGAGUCUCGUCAAAUUAUGUAGAUGAAGAACUUCUAGAUUUUUUGCAAGAUGAAACUUGCCAGCAAAACAGUAGAACUUUAGGAGAAAUUCCGACAUUAGUUUUCCAAAAAAAAUCUAAACUAGAAUCUGUCUGUGGUAUUCAGCUAGAACAAAAAACAGAAAACAAAACCUUUGAAACUACGCAAGUAUGUAGUGAAAGCAGCCCACGUGGAGAUGGCUACAGCUCAGGGGUUAUUAAAGACAUUUGGACAAAGAUGGCAGAUAGAAAUUCUGUAGCUGUGGUGGAAGUAGAAAGGAUUGAUGAUGAGUUGUUUUCGACAGAUGUAAAUAACUGCUGCUGCUGUUUGGACGCUGAAGCUAAAAUGGAGCCCCUCCAGGAGCCUAAUAAGGCUGUGCAGAGAUCUGAAUAUCGUCUGUGGGAGGGACAGAAAGAGAACCCAGAGAAAAGAGCUUUUGUUUCUGGUGAGCUAUCAAAGGUGGAUGGUGGUGAUUACACUACCCCCUCUAAACCUUGGGAUGUGGCCCAAGAUAAAGAGAACUCAUUCAUUCUCGGAGGAGUUUAUGGAGAGCUCAAAACCUUUAAUAGCGAUGGGGAAUGGGCAGUAGUACCACCCAGUCACACAAAAGGAAGUUUGUUACAGUGUGCAGCUUCUGACGUGGUGACAAUAGCUGGUACAGAUGUCUUUAUGACCCCAGGAAACAGUUUUGCUCCUGGUCACAGGCAGUUAUGGAAACCCUUCGUGUCAUUUGAACAGAAUGACCAGCCGAAGAGUGGGGAAAAUGGAUUGAAUAAGGGGUUUUCUUUUAUCUUCCAUGAAGACUUAUUAGGAGCUUGUGGUAACUUUCAAGUUGAAGAUCCUGGACUUGAAUAUUCAUUCUCUUCCUUUGACUUAAGCAAUCCAUUUUCGCAAGUUCUUCAUGUAGAAUGUUCAUUUGAACCCGAAGGGAUUGCAUCUUUCAGUCCUAGUUUUAAACCGAAAUCAAUCCUCUGCUCUGAUUCAGACAGUGAAGUUCUCCACCCCAGGAUAUGUGGCGUUGACAGAACACAAUACAGGGCUAUUCGGAUCUCUCCUAGGACUCACUUUCGCCCUAUUUCUGCAUCUGAACUGUCCCCAGGAGGAGGAAGUGAGUCAGAAUUUGAAUCUGAAAAAGAUGAAGCAAAUAUCCCCAUUCCUUCUCAAGUUGAUGCAUUUGAAGAUCCACAGGCAGAUCUCAAACCACUGGAAGAAGAUGCAGAGAAGGAAGGCCAUUACUAUGGAAAAUCAGAGCUUGAGUCUGGAAAAUUCCUUCCCAGGUUAAAAAAAUCUGGAAUGGAAAAGAGUGCUCAAACAUCACUGGAUUCCCAGGAGGAAUCAGCUGGGAUUCUGCCAGUAGGAAAGCAGAAUCAGUGUUUGGAAUGUAGCCUGAAUGAGUCUCUGGAAAUCGAUUUAGAAAGCUCAGAAGCAAAUUGUAAAAUAAUGGCACAAUGUGAAGAAGAAAUUAAUAAUUUUUGCAGUUGCAAAGCAGGUUGUCAGUUCCCUGCUUAUGAAGAUAAUCCAGUUUCUUCAGGACAGCUGGAAGAGUUUCCUGUAUUGAACACUGAUGUACAAGGAAUAAAUAGAAGUCAAGAAAAACAGACCUGGUGGGAAAAAGCCUUGUACUCUCCUCUUUUUCCUGCCUCAGAAUGUGAAGAAUGUUAUACAAAUGCCAAGGGAGAGAAUGGUAUAGAAGAAUAUCCAGAUGUUAAAGAAAUGCCCAGUAAUGAAGAGCGUCUGUUAGAUUUUAAUAGGGUGUCUUCUGUUUAUGAAGCAAGGUGCACAGGAGAGAGAAAUUCUGGAGCAAAAUCAAACGGCUUCCGCAGAAAGAUGUACUCCAGUGCCAGCUCCGCCUCGGAGGACACGGGCUCGGAAGAGUUGAGGACAGCUAUCCUGUUGAAGAUUUUUUUUUUUCAAGCUGUUAAAUUCUUGGCUAUUUGAAAUAGACUAGAUGUGUUGUCAUACCAAGAAUGGGUGUGCAUGUGCUCGUCUUAGAAGCAUCACUGCCUGUUGCACCUUCACUGCAGUUACCUUCCCUCCAGCUGCAGUCACAUCACUGUCACCUUACUAGCAUCGCAGUGUCAGCAACCACCUCCGCUAUCCAGAGACUUUAGCUUUGGAACAUUUAGGCUUUGUCCUCUAAGAACUGGGAUAUGAAUACUUACCCUGCGGUGGAUCAGUGCCUUUCUGAAGGCAAGAGGGCAGCAUGGGUGACUCAUCCCCGGUCUUCAUUCAGUAAAAUCUCAUGUACAUUUAAAGUAGGAACCACAAGGGUGUGCUUUUAGAGACUUACAAAAUACUGUGUUUUCUCUCUUAGGAUUUUCCCCCUAGAGUAUCAUGGACAAUACCAUGGUUUGUGACUUUCUUGCCACCUGAGGCAGCCAAGGCUUUGAGGUACGGGGUAGCGUUUGAGGCCAAGCGGGGUGAGAGCGCACCCCCGACCUGCUCUUAACGCUGCAGUUACAUUUCCCCCAGGCACCGCUCAGGGUUAUUUGCGGUGAGUCUUACAAUACUCGAUGAGGACCUUAGUUGCAGAUGAGAUUUUUCUGGUGACCGAUACUGAAUCGAAGCCCCCAGAACUUGAGACUGUAAACGUUUGGCACGCAAUAAAGGCCAUCCCAGCACCCCAAAGAGACCUUGGCUGCUACAGCUGGCUGCUCUUGUGGCUGUGACUUAGUAUAGCUUAGAUCUCAUUUUGUGUUUGAGAGAAUGUUCUGGGCAAGUUCUGUGUGUGGCGGGUCGGAGGGUAGAGUACUGAUUUCUCCCAUACCUGUGUGAUUGCUUCAUGGGACCCGCUUUCCCGUGUCACUUGGGAACCCAGGGGUCAGUCCCUCUCAUCCAGUCCCGUCCAUUCGUGACGGUCGCUUCCUUGAGCUUUCACGCUGCCAUGCAACAGGUUGAAGUUAGAAGGAGCAACAUUUGCAAAACCUAAACGUUUAAAAUUGUUUUUCUUUUUUAACCAACUCAUUGUUUUUUUUUAAAAAAAAAACAAUGUGUGACAUCAAUUUAGCAUGUCUAACAUCAGGAAGUCUAAUAUGGGUGAGACACCUUCACCACUAUUUUGGCAGGCAGUAAACACAUAAUUUACUAGCUGGGAGCUGAACUGGCUGAGAAAUACAUGAUUUGCUUCGAGCAUUGGGUUUUGUUGCCUUUUUCUUAAUUGAUGACACAGACAACUCCAUCCAGGGCUGUGGAGUCAUCCCCGGCGCUGUCUGUCCUCACUGUGGGAAACCUGAUGGGCCGUUGGGUUUGGUCUCACCACAUGUCAGGGUUUGUUUUUAUACAGCACAUCUUUGACACUUUAAAGUGGGUUUGUGUGUGUGUGCGUGUGUGCGCGUGUAAGGUUUUAUGUUGCUGUUAUUUAUUUACAGACUUUAUAAGGUUAUAUGUAUUUUUCUUUCUUCCAGAGCUUCCUAAAAAUUGAUUAGCAUCUGCACUGAAAUAUAAUUUAACAGCAAAGGCAAAAAAGAAUUGGAAGUUGUAAAUUCCUAAAAUCACUACAGUGACGAUCAUCCUAGAAAUCGUUGCUUAUGUAGCCGAGACCAAAUAAAUAUAUUUCAGACACAACCUUUAGCUCAGUUGAUUUUGGACAGCUGCUUUUUAUCACGAAAGGGCUCCAGGUGGUCAAGGUGUAGACUUCCUUACACGCUAGUGGGAAGACAUUGCACCUUCCACGGGGGAAUGGGAAUGGAUUAUAAGCGGGCAAGGGGAUUAACAGAUUAUGUAUUUAUUUGUUUUCAUAGCUAACUGGCUGAAGCCCAGAGGCUUUCAGCGACAGAGCUGAAAGUAUGGUUUUCAGUUUUGUAAAUGGAUGAUCACAAAGAAAAAGCAUUUUUUAAAAAGUUGGCAAAACGCUGAAACGCACUGUGGUAUGAAGCGCAUUGCAUAUCCAUAGCACUGAAGUAUCAGUUUUCCAUUCCUGGGCUAUUUUUUUCCCCGUGGUUGUAUUGUUCUGAUUUCACGUACACCAGAGUAACUGGUUUUUUGUUU